AUGGCUCUUUCCUUAGAACAGAGCUCUUCUGAAAAUAAUAGUGAUUCUGAUUCCGUUUCCAAUCACUCGUUUCAACAUCUCACAGUUGGAUCUGACAGAGAUGUACAAGUGGCGAACAAUGUGAAAGUUAUGUAUUCGUUCUUCGGAAAAAUUAAAGAACUGGAUGAACUGCAGUAUGGAUCCUUCAACCCAACGAAUAAUUUGAAUAUCAUGGAAACCAAAAAUGCAGACAUCAGAGAAAGUUCAGUUUACCAAAAUAACGUCUCCGAAUCCCAACAUGGAAAAGCUCGUAAAACAUGCUCACUAAGAAGAGUUCGCACUGCCUAUUCUACUGAGCAACUCGUCCAGCUCGAGAAGGAAUUUCAUUACAACAAAUAUCUUUGUCGACAAAGGAGAAUUCAGUUAUCUCAAGCACUGAAUUUGACAGAGAGGCAAAUCAAGAUCUGGUUCCAGAAUCGAAGAAUGAAAAUGAAGAAGGAAGAAUACAAUAGCUCAUCGUCAUCAAAAGUGUUUGAGAAUUUUAGGCAGAAACCCACGAUAAAGGCUGAAAACGCUGAUAUCGUAAAUCGCCUUCUGAAUCACUCUGCUCUUGUACAAAGCAGAUUCCAUAACUUUGAAGGGUUUUAUCAGAAACAUGAAAAUGAGUUAGAUGAUGUUCCAAAGUUGCCAACGCAACUUGAGAAAUUUGACUCUGUUGCGUCAUUUAAUCCAGUAACUCUCCACAAUGAAUGUUAUAAUUCCAAUCCAUACCAUAAUAAUUUGAAUGUCAUCUAUCCUGAUAGAGAAGAAGUUCCGAAUUAUAAUUCACAGUGCAGUCAACAAUUCAAUUAUAAUUCUUGUGAAGAUCAGACGAAUUAUCUAAAAAGUGAAAAUCAAAACAAUGGCUCAAAUUAUUAUAGUGUGGACUACAAUGUCUUCGAUGAAUCGUUUGUUACCAAUCAGUAUGUAAAUACGUUGACAUCUUUUGCCUUCUCCUGA